CGUCUCUAUACAAGAGCAAUCCAUCAACACUGGAAUUAUAGAUAUCACCGCUAGAGUUUCAGGAGCUGGUAGCAAAUAGCCUCCGGCUCAUGAUGGAAACUAAUCAUGACAGUUCAUCAACAAAUACCAUUGGAUUCUGCCUCCUUCCUUCAGAGAUCAUCCAGAACAUACUCCUCCAUCUAGCCUUGCCCGAAAUCAUUUGUCUAAAGUCACUCAAGAGAUUCGUUGCCGAUGUAAUCUCCGAUAAUUAUUUUGUACGUGCGUACAACUCUCGGGCAAGGUCCACCGCAUGGCUCUUCGUCUGCAAGAAGAGGUGGAACCGUGACGCCUUGCUUCAUGGCUUCAACGACCAGUCUAAUCGCUGGUUCAGCUUUCAGAUUGACAGUUUAUUGAAACCCAUAAUCCGUCCAGGUGAUGAUAUCUAUUUUCUGACGGCUAGUUGCAAGGUCUUUCUUUUUGUUUCCAACACUCGCGGGGAAGUUAUUGCCCUCAAUUUGGUUACUAAAGCUGUGAAAACAAUCCCGCCAAGCCCACUUGGUCCACGUGGCACGUCUUCCUGGCGAAGAUCCUGAAUGAAACUGGUUAUCACCGGGCCCGAUCACUUUCAGUUUCUUUUUGUGGAUUUGGUGCGCAACUCCCCGGUUUUGUUUGUUUACUCCUCGCAAACUGACACCUGGCAGUCCACUGAAGCGAGGGAAGUUCCUGCCGGAAUGCCACGUGUCUGUCAGAAGGAGGAUGACCACGUAUUUCUCAAUGUGAUCGACGGACCCUAUGAAAGCAUAGUGACAGCCGUUGGAUUGGAGCGUGAUGCUCAUAAUAAUUAUGCACCAAUUGUUCUACGGCCGAGAUUCAAUUGGAGACCGAGCGAUGGACUGAACCUGUUACAGGUGUACGGUGACGGGAUCAUGCUGGUCAUAAAAUCGAGCGACGGUGAUGAAGAUGACGGGAACAGUACAGGAGUGAGGAUGCUCAAUGACAUAGAAUUAUGGGGGGGCUUGCGCUUGAAUGGAAGCUGGCAUAACUGGGAGUAUAUCUCAAAGGUUCCUUGCAAGAUAAAGGAGCAGAUCCGGAAACCAUAUCGAGCUAUGAGAGGAUGCUUAGAAAGACGAGAUGGGAUAGUUAGGGCUGUUUUGCUGUCUAACUAUGAUGGCUUAUGGGACAUAAUUUGGCUAUCUUAUGAUAUGGGGAGGAGUCUUUGGGCUUGGCUCCCUCUGCCUGAUUGCGAGAUGAAGGGUCUGAAUAUGGCCGGCAUUGCCUUCUCCUCCGGCCUUACCUUGUCAUGAUCAUCUUCAAGACUUGAUGGCGGUUCUCAGGCGGCAUGCGUUAGUUCCAUGCCUUGCGUUGCAAGUUGUAUGAUAGUGAAUAUCAGUCUUCU